AUGACCUUACCGGAAACUUUCAAGAACAACGAUAAAGGAACCUUCGGUGCUUAUACUGCCAGCGCUAGAUGGCCCAUCAUCGUCGGUAACGCCAUUGAUGAUAUGCAGACAGAAUUGGAUACUUUAGAUCCUAGCUGUGAAGCAUUUAAGGAUGGAAAGACGAUCAAGGACCAAUUGGUUUCAUUAAGACAGGAGAUACAAUCUGAUAAAUCAAUAAGGGCGUUCACACCUGAAGAAAUCAAACUUGCUCAGGUACCAGACUCUUUCAACGACGUUAUUAAUUCGACCCCACAAACGUGGCAAACGGGCGGGUGGUUAUUCUGUGAGAUCUAUUUGUAUCGCAGAAUCAACGUUUUGUUUCGCAGUUUCAAGUCUUGGGCCCAUUUCGAUAUCUUUAACGGGCUCAAGCAAUCCACUUUCCAAAAAUCUAUGAUUGGCGUCGUGGAAUUAGCCACCCGGUACCGUAAACUAGAAUCUCAAUUAAAGCAAGCGGAUUCCGAAACACUUGAAAUUCUAUUCAAGGAGUUUAUCGAGAUUUCAUUGUGGGGUAAUGCCACAGAUCUGUCUCUGUUAACCAAUGCCACGCUAGAAGAUAUAAAGUCUUUACAAGGUGAAGAAGCAAGAAAGGCCUCUGAAUCCAAGAUUUUGAUUAACGAUACUUCAAAAGCAUGGGCUCAAUUGAAUUCGUCCAAUUCAAAGCAAGUUGAUUUCGUGCUUGACAAUUCAGGUUUUGAAGUCUAUGCCGAUUUAAUGUUAGCACUUUUCUUGCUUGACACUGGUAUUGCCAAAAAAUGUAUCUUUCACGCUAAAGAUAUACCAUAUAUGGUAAGUGACUGCAUGAUCAAAGAUUAUGAAUUAUUGUUGGAAGAUAUGAGUUCCCCGGAUUUUUUCGACUUAGCAGCACUAAAAGACGAUGCUCAGAGUGGUCGGGAUUCUUUGAACUUUCUUGUCAAGACCCUCAAACAACAUGUUACUUCCGGUCAACUAGAAUUCACUGAAGAUUCUUUUUGGACUUUGGAUUUGGAUUACAGUCAUAUUGAUCCUUCUGAGACUAAAUAUGGUGGUGCUCAAAUACACAACAAGCUCCUGCAAAGCGAUCUGGUAAUUUUUAAAGGUGACUUGAAUUACAGAAAACUAACUGGUGAUAGAAAAUGGCCUCGUACCACCGAUUGGAAGACCGCAAUUGGGCCAUUGGCGAAAAAUGGUUUGAAAACUUUGAGUUUAAGAACCUGUAAAGCUGAUGUCGUUGUAGGAUUAACUCCUGGGACAGACGAAAAGCUAUGUGCUUUGUGGGAAUCUGAGAAAACGACCGAACCUGGAGCAUGGUGGUCUUCUAGUGGCAAAUACGCUGUCAUCUGCUUCAGUGAUGGUGAGUUGUAA